GACACUCCUUCUGUCAAACAUGGCUGUGCUUUGGAAGAAGGAAAAAUGCUGAAUUGUGUUGGUAUAUAUCGGGAAAAGCAGCAGAAAUGGCGAGAUUGGCUGACUACUUCAUUGUCGUUGGAUACGAUCAGGAAAAAGCCGGUUCAGGAGAGGGAUGUGGGAAGAUCAUUCAGCGAUACCCCAAGACGGACUGGGAGGGAACCGCGUUCCCUCAGGGGGUGGAAAUGUUCUGCCAGCCUGGAGGUUGGAGGUUGUCCAGAGAGAGGAAAGUACCCACCUUCUUCACAGUCGUGCUGACAGAUAUCGACUCAGACCGACACUACUGUUCCUGCCUCACUUUCUACGAGGCUGAGGUCAAUCUGCAGGGAUCAAAGAGUAUUGAAGCUGAUGGAGACGAAGAUGAGGAGGCUGAGGAGGAUGGUCUGAUCCAGCCAGCUCAAGUGUUUGCACCAAAAAGUCUCAUACUCGUGUCCAGGCUGGAUUAUCCUGAAAUAUUCCGGGGCUGCUUGGGUUUGAUCUACACAGUUCAUAUUGACAGCCUCAGUUUCCCUUUAGAGGGUCUGGUGGCCAAUCUCUUUACAUUCCUGGUUCCUAUUGCUGGUGGAUCGCAGAAGCUGUUCAGCCUCGGAGCAGGAGACCGGCAGCUCAUCCAGACGCCUCUAAAUGACACAUUACCUGUCACAUGCAAGAGUGUUGCUCUGCUCUUCCAGCAGCUAGGAAUCCACAAUGUUCUAAGUCUGUUUUGUGCGGUUCUGACAGAACACAAGGUUUUGUUCCACUCCACCAGUUACCAAAGGCUCGGAGAGGCCUGUCGGGCCCUGGAAGCCCUCAUGUUUCCUCUUAAAUACAGUUAUCCAUACAUCCCUAUUCUGCCUUCACGGCUCCUGGAGGUGUUGAGUUCGCCCACCCCCUUCAUCAUUGGAGUGCACUCCAUGUUUCAGACUGAAAUCCAGGAUCUGUUGGAUGUUAUUAUUGCUGACCUGGAUGGAGGAACAAUAAAGAUUCCUGAGUGUAUCCACUUGUCCCUGCUCCCUGAACCUUUGUUACACCAAACACAGAGCGCCCUGUCUCUGGUUUUACACCCUGAUCUGGAGAUAGCAGACAAUGCAUUCCCUCCUCCUCGCACUGCACCCUCCAACCUCAAGCUAUUGGAUAAGGAGGUGAGGGCCGUCUUUCUCAGGCUGUUUGCACAACUCUUCCAGGGCUACAGGUCAUGCCUGCAGCUCAUCCGCAUCCAUUCUGAACCUGUUAUUCACUUUCACAAGACUGCCUUCCUGGGCCAGCGAGGCCUCAUUGAGAAUGAUUUCCUGACCAAGGUUUUGGAUGGCAUGGCCUUCGCUGGCUUUGUCUCAGAGAGAGGUCCGCCUUACCGAGCCUGUGAUCUCUUUGAUGAGCUGGUGGCCUUAGACAUUGACACCUUUAAAGAAGAGGAGAUCAAUCCUGCCAGGCUGCAGAAGCACAUCAGAGAACUCUCUGAGCAACUGUACAAAAAUGAGAACCCAAACCCCCACAUGGCUUUUCAGAAAGUGCCUCGGCCGUCAGAGGGAUCACACCUGCGGGUGCACCAGGUACCUUUCCCCCUGUUGGAAGAUGCAAAGGUGGAGAAGCUGCUGCAGGAGGGUGUGGCCAAGCACAGCAGUGCACCUGCUGUCACACGACCUGAGAAGAAGUGUGUUGUACCUGCCGGACCCCCUGUUGUGUCUAUUAUGGGCAAAGGUGGCUCUGUGUUUAACAGCGCUCGUAGGCUGGAGGUGGUGAGGAGCUGCAUUUCUUUCAUCUUUGACAACAAGACCCUGGAGACAGAAAAGACCCUGCCGGCUGCACUUCGUGCCCUUAAAGGCAAAGCAGCCCGACAGUGUCUGACUGAGGAGCUGAGUCUUCACGUCCAGCAGAACCGCGCAAUAUUGGAUCAUCAACAGUUUGACUACAUCAUUCGGAUGAUGAACUGUGCUAUUCAGGACUGUUCCAGCUCAGAGGAGUACACUGUGGCUUCUGCAUUGCUGCCCCUGUCAACAGCUUUUUACAGGAAACUAGCCGCUGGGGUGAACCAGUUUGCCUACACCUGCAUACAGGAUCAUCCCAUCUGGACCAACCAGCAGUUCUGGGAAGCCACUUUCUACAGCGAAGUCCAGGGCCAGAUCCGAGCCCUGUAUCUUAACACCCCAGAGAAGGGGAGCAUCACUGCCAGGCUAAAGGAUUCGGUCUCUGCUCCGGUCAAGGAUGACGACCAGACGGCCAUGGACCUGGCGGCGGAGCAGCUGCGCUCUUGGCCCAGCCUGAGCAAAGAGAAGCAGCAGGAGCUGGUGAAGAAUGAGGAGAGCACCGUGUUCAGCCAGGCCAUCCACUAUGCCAGCCUCAUGGUUUACCUGCUGGUUCCCCUGGACACCAGCAAGAACAAGCUGCUCCGUAACACCCCCGUGGCUGACUGGGAGAGUGGAAGCAACAGCAUCGUCACAAACAGCAUUGCCGGUAGUGUGGCAGAGAGCUUUGACACCGAGAGCGGGUUUGAGGACUCGGAGAACAGCGAUGUGGCGAACUCUGUCGUCCGGUUCAUUGCACGCUUCAUUGACAAGGUGUGCACAGAGAGCGGAGUAACCCAGGAGCACAUCAAGAGUCUGCACAGCAUGAUCCCAGGCAUCGUAGCUAUGCAGAUGGAGGCUCUAGAGGCAGUUCACAGAGAGAGCAGGAGGUUGCCUCCCAUUCAGAAGCCUAAGAUCCUGCGUCCAACAUUGCUUCCUGGCGAAGAGUUCGUGUCAGAGGGGUUGCGGGUGGUUUUGGAUCCUGAUGGCAGGGAGGAAGCCACAGGGGGCCUGUUGGGGGGCCCACACAUCCUGCCAGCAGAGGGAGCACUUUUUCUCACCACAUACCGCAUCAUCUUUAAAGGCAACCCCCAUGAUCCACUUGUGGGGGAGCAGGCAGUGAUCAGAGCUUUUCCAGUGUCGACAUUGACCAAAGAGAAGAAGAUCAGCAUCCAAAACCAGCUGCAACAAAACAUGCAGGAAGGCCUGCAGCUCCGCUCUGCGUCCUUCCAGUUGAUAAAGGUUGCGUUUGAUGAGGAAGUGAGUUCAGAGAUGGUGGAACUCUUUAGGAAGCACCUCCAGAGGAUCCGAUACCCACAAUCCAUUUUCAGCUCUUUUGCAUUUGCUGCUGGACAAACGGCACCUCAGCUAAUCCUUCCAAAGCAAAAAGAAAGAAACACUGGUUUCAGAACACUAUCCAAAACUAUUGUCAAAGGAGCCAAAAAGGCUGGAAAGAUCACUAUGGGCCGCGGCAGCCAGAGCACACUGAAGAAGAACGAUCGAGGCAACAGAAUGACCUGGCAUGAAGAUGAUGACAUUUCAAUAUCAGAUGAUGGCGAGCCUCCUCCCAGCAGCACUUUGCGAGCAUCAGAGAAGUCCACAAUGGAGCAGCUGGUAGAGCAGUCCUGUUUCCGUGACUACCAGCGUCUGGGGCUGGGCACCAUCACUGCCAGCUCGUCUCGCUCCAAGACUGGAGAACAGUUCAGGAUCACAGCCGUGAACAGACUUUACUCCCUCUGUCGCAGUUACCCAGGGUUGCUGGUGGUUCCACAGGCUGUACAGGACAGCAGUUUACACAAAGUGGCGCGCUGUUACCGACACAACCGCCUCCCGGUAGUGUGUUGGAAACAUCCACGUACCAGAGCCGUGCUGCUUCGCUCAGGAGGCUUCCACGGCAAGAGUGUGGUGGGCCUGUUCAAGUCACAGAACCCCUCCUCAACAGCGCCUGCCUCAUCGUCAGAGUCUUCAAGUAGUCUUGAGCAGGAGAAGUACCUCCAAGCCAUCCUCAACUCCAUCCCUAUCUACUUCAAAAUGAACGGCAAUAAUACACUGUCCAACCGCUCCCUCAUAGGCCUCUCACCAGGGAGUGAAAGGAGGACGUCCAGGAUACCAAAGAUGACUCCUGUCCAUUUAGACAUCCCAUUCUCAAACAGCUUUACCAGAGGAGUGCUUGAAUACAGAGAUAAGCUAUUCACUCACUCACACCAAAAACAUUCCAGUAAGGAGAGAGUCCACAACCAAGGCAUGUGGGCCAGCCUGCGCUCCAGCAGCCGACUCAGCCAGCACCAUUCGGCCGCAGACGUGGGGGCCAGGCUAGCGGGGAAGGAUCUGGCGCCCCCUGCAGGUAGCAACAGUCUGCAGGCUCAGCUCCAGAAACAUCAGGCUGCUCUGUACAUCUUCGGAGAAAAAUCCCAUCUGAGGGGCCUCAGAGUGGACUCCACACUGAAUUGUGAGCUGGUGCCAGUGGACUUUACGGACACACGGCAGGUGAAAGCCGCGUUCAAGAAGCUGCUGAGGGCCUGCGCUCCCAGUGCAACGUCAACCGACUCAGAAGACUCCUUCCUCAAAGCCUUGGAGGACUCUGAGUGGAUCUUACAGCUUCACAAGAUCCUGCAGCUGGCACUGUUUCUGGUGGAGCUUCUGGACAGCGGCUCAUCUGUUCUCCUCAGCCUGGAGGAUGGCUGGGACAUCACAACACAAGUUGUCUCCUUGGUGCAGCUCCUGAGUGACCCCUUCUACCGGACUCUGGAGGGUUUUCAGGUGCUGCUGGAGAAAGAAUGGCUGUCCUUUGGCCACAAAUUCAGCCAGCGGAGCAACCUGAGCCCCAGCAGCCAGGGCAGCGGCUUUACACCCAUCUUCUUGCAGUUCCUGGACUGUGUUCACCAGAUUUUGGAGCAACAUCCUCUGGAGUUUGAGUUUAAUCAUUAUUAUCUGAAGUUCCUGGCUUAUCAUCACAUCUCUAACCGCUUCAAGAACUUCCUGCUGGACUCAGACUAUGAACGCCUGGAGCAUGGGUUGUUGUUUGAGGAUAAGGGUGAUAAGCAGGCCCGCAGAGGUAUCUGUAUCUGGGAGUGCAUCAACAGAAUGCACAAGAGGAGCCCCAUCUUCUUCAACUAUCUGUACAACCCCUCAGAGAGCGAGGUGAUCCUGAAGCCGUCCGUCAGCAUCCCCAGUCUAAGUAAGUGGGACUUCUUCACAGACGAGACUCUGUUGACCGGGCCGUGUUACGACUGGGGGAUGAUGGCCGUGAGGCAGGAGAGUCAGGAGGAGACGGACACCAUCUCCAACAGUAAGAGGAGGAUCGUAUGGCCAUGUUACAGCAGCGUGAGCCGUGCCCAGCCCGACGCCAUCACCAAACUCCUCACUGACAUUGAGAAGCUGGAGGGGGAGCUACACCAGGGCUCCGAGAGGUGGCAGACCACUCUGGAAAGAGUCAGAAUCAGCAUCCAGGAAGACCUCAAGCAAGAGGGAAAUCUCCGUAAACAGUCGGUGUCCAUCUCAGGCCUCAUUCCCACGUCCAGCCUGCAGGCGUUCCAGCGGCGCUCCAUGCUGCACCUGCCAGAGAGCGGGCUGGGCGAGGACAGCGGUACCGCCACAGCCAAUGGGAUCAACCGCCGCGCCGCAACACUUUACAACCAGUUCACCCCCAAGAGCGAGGAGAACAGGUCGUACGAGGGGAUCCUGUACAAACGCGGAGCGCUGCUGAAAGGCUGGAAACCUCGCUGGUUUGUGUUGGACAUCACCAAACACCAGAUGAGGUACUACGACACUGGGGAGGACACCAACUGCAGGGGCCACAUCGACCUGGCGGAGGUGGAGUCAGUGGUGAUCGCUGCUCCCACCAUUGGGGCUCCUAAACACAUCAGUGAAAAGGCGUUCUUUGAUCUAAAAACCAGCAAGCGAGUCUACAACUUCUGCGCCUCAGAUGCACCCAGCGCCCAGCUGUGGAUGGACAAGAUCCAGAACUGCAUCUCCGACGCCUGAGCUGCACACGACGGAGCCCGAACACUGAGUUUGACAUCGACACGCGAACUUUUAAGAGGCGGCGUCAGGUGGUUGAGAGCAGAGACGUGACAACCGCUCAACACUAAUGUCUUUAAGUUUGGGGACCACGGUGAACAAAGUGCCUGGUGGUGGAGGACGUAAACCGUCCACUGAUACCUAGACCUCACUCUGCUCGAUACUGAGCAGCUGUCAUCGCUCUGUCGGUUGAACGGGUCUGUCUCUGCUGUCAGCCGCCUCCUCUGCGCCUCCUCCGACAGGGAUGAAGUGAAGAUAAGCUGACGUUUUAGGGGACUGCACUACCGAGUAAAGUUAUCCUACUUAAGCUGUAAAUAGAUCAGAGCAAUAUCACUGGCCAUUCAAACUGUGGGUUCAAUUUUAGAUUAAAACAAUAUAGAAAAAUAGCCUAUAAAAGAAUUUCUAUUAGAUAUUUUACUACGAGAAAAGGUUAUUGCUGCUUAAAGAAACGUAUGAACCGCCAAAAACUCAGAGAUUUUAAUGCACAACAUGAAAAAGCAAUUUGUUUGCACUUCUCUCUAAAGUAUGCACUCCUUAUCAGAUAGAGGUUUUCUAACAGAUGCAGACAGUGAGGCUAUAGGCAUUACUUUACAGUGUAAAUACGACUUUUUCUCAAUACAGAUUAAUGAAAAGAAUUUGCACAGUAAGUUCAAAAGAGUGACCUGACUUUUUUUUUUUUUUUUUCUAUUUAAAUAAGUGACGUUUUCUCUAUUUUGUUGAAUGUGUAUUGACUUCUGGAUAACAUGUUUGUCUCAUGUAAUGUAAUGUAAAUUAUUUUUUUAUUAAAGUGUAACUGUUAAAUUGUGGUGGCUUCAUGUUUUCUGUAAAUAUCCGUGUGACAUUUCAUUUUAUAUACUGUAUUUACUGAACAUAAGUAUACUUUUCUAACCUUUAUUCUAAUGUGACCAAUGUGUCUUUUCUACAUGUGUCGUUACUGGUGCAAAUACCUGAGUGGCCUGUUCCUCGUUUGUGAUGAAACAUUGUUCAGAAAGUGAAACAGAGACCCCCUUUUUUUUAUGUCGUUCAGAUUGUCCAGACAGGCUCUGUGUCUUUUAAAGGGCUUUUAAAGAAGUAAAUGAAGAUAUCGCUUAGGACAUUGUGGUUUUCUGAAAUCCUCGUCUCUUCUGUUGUUUGUGAAUCCUUUAGUUUCAUCAAGAAAAGAAAAACGCGAAUGGAACGACUCAAAGAUGUCAGAGGCUUUUUGUUACUGUAUCAUUGUACCAUGUUUUGUGGUGACACUAAUUUUUUUUUGGAAAUAAAUCAAACAUACUUGAAAGCA